UAACAGGAACAAGAAAAAAGGAAGAGAGAAGAUGUGAAAGCGAGAGGGACAGCAGUUAGUCUGAGAGUCCGAGGAACAGCUUUCACAAAUCAUUUUGUCACCAACUAAUUAUUUGGUCUUCCAGAAAGAGGGGGCUCUAAAACAAGAGUGAGGUCUGAGUCUGAAGGAGGUUGAGAGAGAGAGAGAGAGAGAGAGAGGACAGAAGAGGAGGUGUGAAAAGUGUCCUCAUCAGGGCUUGAAGCAUAAAAGUGGCCGGGCAGAGAAGGAGAAGAAAAGGAGGAAAAGAAGGAGAGGGUGUGGGAGUGCAACCCGAUCCGAGGACUUACACACUGCUGGCAGUGAGAACGUUCGCCUCAUAACUUCAACUACUACUGCUGUUGCUACUGACGCUCCGUUUUCAUCCAACACUCAUGUUCUGGGCUGUUUUUCACUUUCGAUUCCAAUUCUACUGACCUUCAAAUUCUAUUUAUUCAAAGACAAUUUGUCUGUUACAUCACUGAGCAGAGAAACUACAAGUGGAUGACAACUUCAUCAGCAGGACCUGAAUUUAUAAUCAAGGCUAUAUCAGAGCCACUGGGGAAACCUAUCUAAAAAGCAAGGGGUCAUCAGAGCAAGAGUUUCACUGUAAGACCAAAAACGAGGGAUGAUUUGAGAGGCUUGCUGACAACAACCUGUCAAUCUACAAAGAACCAACUACAAAGUGUCUAAGAGGCACUAACUAUCACAUAGACUUGUCAUUGUGUCCAAGCUGCAACCUUUCUCCUGAGAACAGGAGGUCUCCAGGACAGGGAGAGAAAGCCGAGGAUUUCAGCUAGACCUGCGGUCUUAAACAAGUGCUCCUGUGUGUGUUUGCCAGCAGAGAAGCAACACUGAAAGCUGGAACUCAGAGAAACGCAGAAACCUACCCAGCUAAGCUUGUGGUUUGAGUAAAUGCUUAUGUAUUCGGUGUUUAUUUGUGUUCAAGUGUGGCCCUGACAUCACAUGUCCUCACUCUGGGAAGCACUGCCUUGCGUCCACCCUCUGAGUAAGUGUGUGUGGGAGAGUCAGUGAGAACAAGAGUGAGACAGAUCGGCUCAUUUGGCAGGACCUGAAGUGCGAGGGCUAGUCACACACAAACUCUCCACCUUUGAAUGUCUGGGCUCAAGAGACAAACCGACUCUGUGUGUACUGGGAUUCCCCUCCUCUAAUACACCUGAGCAUUGACUGACCUCAAUAUUACAGGUGAUUUCCAUGACCAGCUUUAUUGUCAUCAUCAUCUUGUUGCCAAUCAGCUACUGACUGUUCCAUCUCCGUCACACCAGACGUCAACCUUACUUGUUGCUUUUAAACUGAACUGGGUACAUUUCAGCACUAGAUCACCAUCACCAUGAGGCACCUUUGUUUGGCACUAGCCAUUGUAUGCUUGGCAUCUGUUGCUGGUGCCAUGUCCACCUGCAAGACUUUGGACCUCGAGCUGGUGAAGAGGAAGCGAAUUGAGGCCAUUCGUGGACAGAUUCUCAGUAAAUUACGCAUGGCCAAAGAGCCCGAGCCUGAAGAUGACCCAAAAGACGAAAUCCCAGACAAUAUCAUCUCAAUCUACAACAGCACUGUGGAGACCACUGAGGACCAGCAGAGCACGAUAGUUCCUGAGACAGAGUACCAGGAAGAAGAGGAAUACUUUGGCAAAGAAAUGCACAAAUUCAACAUGACUCAUUUUACCAGUAAUGGAGAGAAAACGCUAUAUUUUAAUGUGAGUGAAAUGAAGCAAAGCAUCCAGGACUACAGGCUGCUAUCUCAGGCCAAGCUCAGACUGUAUGUGAAAGACCCUACAAUCCAACCCGGCUUGCCACAGAGACUGGCGAUCUACCAAGGUCUAGGCAGUACGACAAAAUAUCUGGGCUUCUAUGACAUCUCUAAUGAAUUGAGAAACAAAUGGAUAUCCAUCGAUGUAACAGCAACGCUCAAAGAGUGGCUCCAGUUGCCUGAAACUAAACAAACAUUUGAGCUGAAGCUUGACUGUGAAUGUGGACAGCCUACUGAGAAAUUCAAAUUUGAAAUAUCAGGGCUGAGUAAUAAAAGAGGAGACAAAAAGCAUAUUGCCGAAUUAAUGGUCAAGCCGUACAUUCUGGCCAUGUCUGUUCCUUCUGACGGCUUUACCCCCUCGUCACGCAAAAAGCGAUCAACUGCCACGGAACCAACUUGUGAUGAAAAAACAGAGGCCUGCUGCAUGCGGGCACUCUUCAUUGAUUUCCGGAAGGAUCUUGGCUGGAAGUGGAUCCACAAGCCUAAAGGAUACUUUGCCAACUACUGCAUGGGCUCCUGCGCAUACAUCUGGAAUGCUGAAAACAAAUACUCACAGAUUUUAGCCCUUUACAAGCACCAUAACCCAGGUGCGUCGGCUCAGCCGUGUUGUGUACCUCAAGUCCUGGAACCUCUUCCAAUCGUGUAUUAUGUGGGCAGACAAUACAAGGUGGAGCAGCUGUCCAACAUGGUUGUGAAAAGCUGCAAGUGCAGUUAAAGGUUUUGAAGUUCGUUCAACUUGAGUUCUUUACCACACACACACACACACACACACACACACACACACACACACACACACACACACACACACACAGAGUAAUGGGGACAGAAUAUCUCUGAGGAACAGGAAUGAAAAGACAGCAAAGAGGACCUAAAGAUGAGAAGCAGACCAAGUCAUGAAAAAAAGCAAAGAGGACCUUUAACUUCUGAAUUGCUUCCGAAUUUUAGUCACCAAAGAUAACCUUGUAGACUUCCAUGUACAACAACAACAACAAAUGCUUCAUUUAAAUGUAGUAUUCACUUUAAUAUUGUAUUACUAUUAAUUUAUUGUUGCUUAGGUCAAGUUGCAUUUUACCAUGUCACAUAAAACUACAUGGCAGAUGCACACUGCUGAUUUCUGUUUCCGUAUGGUGCUGUUGAAAAAAGGGACACACAACGUUGGAGGACAGUCCGUCCAAAGAUCUGGAGAAAAUCAAUAAAUGAAUGUGCUUACCAACAAAUACCGAGAUGUUUGCACUAAUUCGUGGAUGCUGAAUCGCUAGAGGAGCGCAAUGAUGGACCACAAGAACUGUUGACCUCAGUUUUCGGAAAAUACUUUUCAAAAUAUGGACAGACGUCCAGACACUGAUGAGCCUUUACGUGGUCCCAAGGUAUCCCAAACCUCCAGUCAUUAUUCUGGACAGCUAUAUGUGAAAUUCCCCUCCCAAUAAAGGGGACUUUACUUUGA